GGCAGUUCAACGGCCACUAGCAUGCUUAAGACAUGGUGACGAAAUCGAGAUCUUUAAGUAUAUAAGCCGUCGAUGGCCAAACAAAGCUAUCUUCCUGAGCCGAACAACUACCUCACCUUCUCAUUACAGACUCAUACAUACGCUUCCUAAGCAUAUCCCCAGAGUUCUUCUUCAACUUGUUCACUCAAGUGUUCAAAUUCCUCAGAGUGCAUCAUGGCUCCACCUCAACUCCCAACCCGCAAGCUGGGCAAGAAUGGCCCGGAAAUCACCGCCCUCGGAUUCGGAACCAUGGGCCUCUCAACCUUCUACGGCAAGGUCAAGCCAGACGAGGAGCGAUAUGCCGUGCUGGACCAUGUCUACGAGUCCGGCUGUCUAAACUGGGACACAGCAGACAUGUACGCUGACAGCGAGGACCUCCUGGGGCGCUGGUUCAAGCGCAACCCCGGCAAGCGGGAGAACAUCUUCCUAGCCACCAAGUUCGCAAACUACCAGGACCCGGAAACGGGCGAGUUCAGUAUCCGCAAUGAGCCAGAGUACAUCCAGCAGGCCAUCGACAAGUCUCUCAAGCGCCUGGGUCUUCCCUACGUGGACCUGUACUACUGCCACCGGCUCGACGCCAACCAGCCCAUCGAGACGACGGUCGCCGAGAUGAAGAAGCUCCAGGAUGCGGGCAAGGUCAAGUACCUGGGCCUCAGCGAGUGCAGCGCCGAAAGCCUGCGCAGGGCCUGCAAGGUCGCGCACAUCGACGCGGUCCAGGUCGAGUACUCGCCCUUCUCGCUCGAGAUCGAGUCCAAGGAAAUCGACCUUCUCCGCGUGUGCCGCGAGCUCGGCGUCGCCACCGUUGCCUACUCGCCGCUGGGCCGCGGGUUCCUCACCGGCAGCAUCCGUUCGCCCGAUGACUUUGAGGACACGGACUUCCGCAAGUUUGCUGCGCCGAGGUUCUCCAAGGAGAACUUCCACAAGAACUUGGAGCUUGUCGACAGCCUCAAGUCCACGGCCGAGAGCAAGGGCUGCACUACCUCGCAGCUCGUGCUGGCUUGGUUGAUGGCUCAGGGUGAGGAUAUCAUUCCCAUCCCAGGCACCACGCGCAUCAAGAACUUUGACGAGAACAUUGGCGCGCUGAAGGUUAAACUCUCCAAGGAGGAGGAGCAGAAGAUCAGGGCGGCCAUUGAGAAGGCUGAGGUCAAGGGUGGCAGAUAUCCUGACUUUAUGGCAAAUUCGCUUUAUGUUACGACGAAGCCACUGUAAAGGGCUUUGUCAAGAGCAGGGGGCUUCCCCCGCUUAUCAUUCAUAGCUAGGAAACCAGUCAAUUUUCUCCAUUCGAUAUGCCCUGCUCAGAUUCGUGACAGGUUUCCACAGGACAAAAAGUGUGCCAUGUCGCGGCUAUACUUUAUAUUGUCAAAGUGUGGUUUGGGGCCUCUAAUGGGCUGGAUUUAAAGUUUCAUUAUAGUCAUCCUGAAGUUUACGCAGCCUGACCCUUCAGUUAUAUGGUGGCAUAGCGCCGCACACAUUAUUCUCUUGUCGACAGUAAGCGUGCAAGCGAAAUUUAACCGCAUGAAUUAAUCAACGCAGUUGGCAACCUGAAAGACCGAUGAUGUCGAAAAUCAUGAUGAGCACACCCUGCAAAGCAUGGUGAGCAUCAAUUGACUGUAGGGACCAUGAAGGGAUACAACGCAG